AUGGCGGAAAUUAUGUUUGAGACUUUCAAUGUGCCGGCGAUGUAUGUCGCCAUUCAGGCUGUGCUUGCCCUGUACUCCAGCGGUCAUACCACGGGUCUUGUUCUGGACUCCGGUUAUGGCGUGUCCCGCGCCGUCCCCGUAUACGAAGGUCUGGCUCUGCCACAUGCAGUCCUCAGUUUGGAUGUUGGUGGUCGGGAAUUGACUAACCACAUGGAUAAGAUUCUGAAAGAGAGGGGUAUUACCAUUAACAACCCUUCUGACAGGAACAUUGUGGCCGAUCUCAAGGAGAAGCUCGCAUACGUUGCCGUUGAUUUCGAGCAGGAGAUGGCGACUGCGGAGAGCUCGCCAUCGUCUCUGGAAGAAAGCUACGAGCUUCCAGAUGGCACGAUCGCACCCCCAUUACCGUCGCCCUCCCUUACCGUCGCCCUCCCUUCCCGUCGCCCUCCCUUACCGUCGCCCUCCCUUCCCGUCGCCCUCCCUUACCGUCGCCCUCCCUUCCCGUCGCCCUCCCUUACCGUCGCCCUCCCUUCCCGUCGCCCUCCCUUCCCGUCGCCCUCCCUUCCCGUCGCCCUCCCUUCCCGUCGCCCUCCCUUCCCGUCGCCCUCCCUUCCCGUCGCCCUCCCUUCCCGUCGCCCUCCCUUCCCGUCGCCCGCGCACCUUCCCGUCGCCGUCCGUUCUGCUCGUCGCCCUCCCUUCGUCCCCCGUCAAUUCUCUCCCCCCGUCGCCCUCGCUUUCCCCGUCGCCCUGCCAUCCACUGCUCGUCGCCUUCGCCUUCCCUCCCGCCUCCCUUCCCAUCUGCUUCCCCCCAUCCGGUUUUCUGCUUCCCCCCAUCCGGUUUUCUUCUUUCCCCAAUCCGGUUUUCUGCUUCCCCCCAUCCCCUUCCCUGCUUCCCCCCCUCCCCUUCCCUGCUUCCCCCCAUCCCCACCCCUGCUUCCCCCCAUCAGAUUCCCGCCUCGCCCCCAUCCCCCUCCCUGCGACCCCUCAUCCCCCUUCCCUGCUUCCCCCCAUCCCCCUUCCCUGCUUCCCCCCAUCCCGUGCCCUGCUUCCCCCCAUCCCCUGCCCUGCUUCCCCCCAACCCCCUCCCUGCGUCCCCCCAUCCUCUUCGUUCUUUCCCCUUAUCCCAAGCCCUGCUUCCCCCCAUCCGGUUUUCUGCUUCCCCCCCUCCCCUUCCCUGCUUCCCCAUGUCCCCUCCCCACCUUCCCCAUGUCCCCUGCCCUGCUGUCCUGCUUCCCCCCCUCCCCUUCCCUGCUUCCCCCCAUCCCCUUCCCUGCUUCCCCCCCUCCCCUUCCCUGCUUCCCCCCAUCCCCACCCCUGCUUCCCCCCAUCCCCUGCCCUGCUUUCCCCCAUCAGAUUCCCGCCUCGCCCCCAUCCCCCUCCCUGCGACCCCUCAUCCCCCUUCCUGCCAGUGUCCCCCCAUGCACGCCCUCCCCUUCCCCCGUCGAAAUCACUCCCCUUCCUCGUCUAGUUCUCUCCCCGCCCCUCUCCACUUUCCUGCCCCCCCCCCCCCCCCUCCCCGCACAUGCAUGA